GAGUGGUCGCGGUUAGUUGUUCUGUGCUAGUCGUCAGAUCCUCAAAACAAGUUAUAAAUAAACUGAAAACAUCAAUUUGCAAAACUUCGGAACUUUUUUUGAAACUUCGGUCGCCUCUCGUUUAAUCAGUUUAACGCAAAUUUACGUUUGUUAUCGAUGGAAGGGGGUAGUUUAAUAACUUUUUAGAGUGUACUUACUACCACAUUUCGUCACAUCAUUUACUAAAAAUGUUUGAUGGUCCGAACUCCAUGGAACUUUUUUAAAAGUGCGGUUACUUGCGUGCUGUGGCUUCUUAAUGGUUUUUGGUGUUGCGACCGAAUAGUUGAAGCACUUUUUUCUUACUUAUGGGGUAACGCACUUUAAGAAGAAGGUAGAGAAAAAUCAACUGUAAUAAUGGACGACAGGAUAUGCAAGUCAUAAAUAUCUGUCUAAGGUGUUUUCCUGGGGCACCGCAAUGCGGAAUCGUUUUCAACGGAAACCUGUAAUAGAUAUCAAAAGAUAAUUUAAGGGUGACUGACAUGGCCUGGCAUGGUAAAUUUCGGCCUGGUCUGCUACUGCUGCUCAUUUCGUUCGUUGUUAUAUCGGAGGCAACGGCCAAAUCGUUAGAACAAUACCGAUAUGAAACAGCAUACGCAUGCGAAGGGAAAACUUUAAAAAUCGAAUGCAAAGCCGGCGAAUUGAUUAAAUUGAUUCGAGCUAAUUAUGGACGAUUUUCGAUAACUAUUUGCAACGAUCAUGGAAAUACCGACUGGAGCGUUAACUGCAUGUCACCGAAAUCUUUGAGGGUCCUCCACAACAGAUGCUCUUUUAAGAGAAACUGUACGGUAGAAUUGAGCAACAGCAUUUUCGGUGAUCCAUGCCCGGGAACCGACAAAUAUAUCGAAGUACACUAUUUUUGUGAUAAUGCCACAAUCACAACAACGACAAGCCGACCGAGUCCGCCAUGGUUGAUAACGUCGCAGCCCCCGAUGUGGAGCACAAUUAAACCGCCUGCAGCAAGACCAUCGACAACCCAAGUUACCAUAACUCCUCCCUCGCCAAUCCCCGGACCUAUUCCGUCUUCAACAUCUGUCAACUUACCUACGUCCACUGCUAAAGGUCAUCCGUCUUCGGCUAUCGAUAAUUCUCCGGCGAAAGAUGAAGAUAUAUGGAGUAGGGAUCCAAAUCAUUACGACGCCACUACUCUACCGUUAACUACUAUUACACCUGGCGGCAAUAAAAGAGUGGUAUCAUCGGAUACGACAUCUUCGUAUUCGUUUUCGCCUUCGGUUCCUAGCAUAAGUCCGUGGCCCAAAGAUUCCGAUUUCAAUCCGUUCCAUUGUAACUCAACUGUGGUGCGCAACAUUAAUUGGGACAGUACUAAAGUAAACGAAACGGUUAUCAAGCCGUGUCCACCAGGUGCUACCGGUUUUGCCAAAUGGCAUUGCGCGGACGUACCAGGUUCUCAACCCCAGUGGUCUCCGCAAUAUCCCGACCUAAGCGAAUGUCGGUCCGUAUGGCUCACUAGUCUUGAACAGAGGAUAUUGACCGGUAAAGACCAGUUGGUGUCGAUCACUAGCGAUCUGGCACAAGUGACGACUAGCAAAACUUUGUACGGCGGCGAUAUGGCGAUUACCACGAAAAUUAUUCAAAAAAUGACCGAGAAAAUGUCGCAAGACAUCCAAACAUUCCCCGAUACUAGACAGCGCGAGGCAAUAGUUACCGAAAUGCUGAUGGACGUAGCCAAAACUAGCAGUAACUUGUUGGACUCUUCUCAGCAUCCCUCGUGGAGGGACUUGAGUUAUAAAGAGCAGAUGAGUGUCGCGACUUCUUUGCUAAUUGGACUCGAAGAAAACGCCUUUCUUUUAGCCGAUACGGUAAUGAGCCAGAAAACCGUUAAUAGAAAAUUUAAAAAUAUCUUAAUAUCGGUGCGCGUAUUGGAUACCAAAUAUUUAACGAACGAAGCAUUUCCAUUGGAAGAUAACAAAGACGAGUGGCGUGCUAGUAACGAUUCUAUCGAAUUGCCGAAAGACGCCUUACUAGAAAACACCGACGGGAAUUUUGUACGUUUAGUAUUCGUAGCGUUCGAUAGAUUGGAGGAAAUUUUGCAAUGGCAACCGGACUUUUCCGAUUCAUCCGGUACUAACGUUUCUAAAAUGUUGAAUAGUAAAGUGAUAUCCGCCAGUUUGGGCAAAGGGCGUCACAUCCAACUAAAAGAACCGGUCAAGCUUACAUUGAAGCAUAUAAAAACGGAAAACGUUAGUAACCCGAAAUGCGUAUUUUGGGAUUACACUACCAACGCGUGGUCCGAAGAAGGAUGCCACGUUGACAGUUCCGAAUCCAAUUACACCCAUACCGUUUGCUACUGCGACCACUUGACCAAUUUCGCCAUUCUAAUGGACGUUCACGAUAUCUAUUUGCAAAUUCCUCACGAAAUUGCCCUGCAAGUUAUUACGUACAUAGGAUGUAUCAUAUCUAUUAUUUGCUUGAUACUUGCUAUUAUUACAUUUCAGUUAUUUCGGGGGCUCAAGAGUGACAGAACAACGAUACACUGUAACCUAUGUACAUGCCUCUUAAUAGCGGAAUUCAUAUUUUUGGUCGGUAUAAACCAGACGGAAAACCGGAUAUUCUGCGGCGUGGUCGCCGGAUUUUUACAGUACUUUUUCCUUUGCGCAUUUGUGUGGAUGUUUUUCGAAGGUUUUCAGUUAUACGUAAUGCUGAUCGAAGUAUUCGAAGUGGAAAAAUCCCGAAUGCGGUGGUAUUACAUUUUCGCCUACGGCCUUCCGUUCAUUAUAGUUUUUAUAUCGGCAACAAUUUACCCACAGGGAUACGGUACGGCAAGAUACUGCUGGUUGAGGAGCGAUAACUACUUCAUUUACAGUUUCGUUGGACCGGUGAUCGUUGUUGUUUUGCUGAAUGUCAUAUUUUUGACAAUGGCAAUAGUAAUGAUGUGCAGGCAUGCUAGCGCUUCUGUUUCCAUGAAAAAUAAAGAACAUUCCCGGCUUGCUAGCACGAGUGGAAAGGAAGAAAAUGCACUUCAAAUGAAAUUUGACUUGGCUUGGUUGAAAGGAGCAUUCGUCCUAGUUUUUUUGCUAGGCCUGACGUGGAUCUUUGGAUUUUUCUACAUUAACCAAGAAUCCGUAGCUAUGGCUUACUUGUUCGCUACGUUCAAUUCGUUCCAAGGGUUCUUUAUAUUCCUCUUCCACUGUGUACAAAACGAAAAGGUACGAAAAGAGUAUCGUAAAUUCAUCCGAAGGCAUUCCUGGCUACCAAAAUGUCUGCGUUGUUCCAAGAGCGGCAGCGGUGCCGGAAGCAGCAGCGGUGGUAGCGGUAGUUGCACUACCACGGGCAUCGGUAAAGAAAUGAGGCCUAGUCUUUACGGUGGUUCCAACGGGAACCAGACAGGAGGCACAAAUUCACAUUCCACAGACAAUUCAGUGUUAACACCGCAUGGAACAAGUCUGCACCGAGGUUGGAACUCCCAGAGUUGUACAAACGUCAAUCAGGAGUGUCGCACUCCUGUGCCCACUUCUACGUCGGCCAACAUGGCUGCUACUCUGUGUCGCCCCGUGCGGGUGAACGAUACGAUCCCAUCUCCUGAUCUUGAACCUAACACCUCGACCCUACCUUACAUUCGUAACUUUUACAAAAACUCUUCAGUCACUCCUAAUAUACCGAAAUCGGUUUCCACUUGGGGCCCUCUGCACAAACCUUUACAUUGGAAGAACAUUUCUUUUAAGUCGUACAGUCGUGAUUCAGGACACGGAGGAUCUGAACAGGAAGAUUCGCCCAGGUCACACAUGGUCAUAGUGGACGCCCAUCGUCACGCGUCGUCACUCGUUAAAGACCUUCGACAAGCGCAAGCCAGUCAGCAUAACAAUUUCAACGAUUACGGAAUGCGUCCGAGUUUGCAACCCCAUUGCGUCGCGAUCGGCAGGAAAAAAAACCUUUCCAUGAAACCUCUCCAUUGGGGUCACCACACUUACACCGAGAUCUACGACGCUCAAACGCCCAGGGGAUUAUUGACAGCCGAAGACGAUCCGGUUUACGAAGAAAUCGACAGGAACGAAAUACAAGUCAGUGACAUGAGCGACGAAGAUGCCAAGAGGCAGAGCGAUAUGAGUCGGCAGUCUUCGCGAUCUUACGGCGACCAUAGGCCUUUGAUUCCGUACAGUCCAGGUACCGAAAGAAAUUUUUUAGAAGUAAUGAGCAACAAUAAAGACUUUGACACUGCGUACCGCAUGCGUUGCAACAAUAUAGCUCUGCCAGCGUAUCGUACCCAAACGGGCGACGCUGCCGUCAGGUCCCUAGCGGCAGUAUUAGAUGGCGAGACUGUCGUGUGCCACUUGGAGCCACCCGAAAUGUACCCUCAUCAGCACUUAGAUGUUACUUACGUGUCCCGAACUUUAAAUCACCUUCCUCCGUAUAGUGAAAGUUAGAAACUGCCAUUCGCAAGUAAUUAUCUGUGAUUACCACAUGAUCAGACUCUUUUGGUCAUAUAUAUUUAAUUGAUAAUUUGUUAGGCUCAGCUUGAAUGAAAGAAAGUGAUAAUUUUAUAUUAAUCGACUAUUUUAUAAAAAUGAACUUAUAUUACGUACGAGUUAUUCCAGUCAGCCUGUUAGUUAUCGGUUCUUGUUCGUCUAGUAAUGCAGUGGUGUCAACUUAAAUCAUUAAAACAAUUACGAAUUUUACGGCGCCGAUUGAAUCAUUAACCUCCAGUGGCAUAACGUUAAAAUUGACAACACUGUAGAGAUAAACGUGUUGCAAUAAAUUUUAUUUACUAGAGCUAAAAAAAAUCUUACACGGGAGCGUUUUCCAUAAAGUAUGAAAAUAUAUGGGAUUAUCAUCGUAAUCUUUCUGUAUGUAAAAUUAUUUUAGUAUGCAUGGACCUCACUUAAACUCGACAUUUUGUAAAGCAAAGAGUUUAAGUCACUUUCAUCAACGUCAAACCUGACAAGUCAUCCAAAUCAAUGUCGAAACAAACACGAGAAGAUGUUUUAAUUUAAUAUUUCAAUACAUGUUGUUAAUGUACCUGCCGUUUUAUUUUUUCCAAAUACUUUUUCGAACUUCUCUUAACCUUAAGUGUGUAAAAAAAGCGUGACACAAUAUACCUUGUAUUAAAAAUUGAAAUCGUGUUAUUUUUGUUUUUAUUUAUUAACUCGAGUUAAGGUUGUUGAUGUGUUGAUAUGUAGGUCCUUAUUAAAAAGCAAUCCAAAAUUUUUACAUAAUUUUUUAGUGAACAAACAAAAUCCAUUUAUUUAUUUGUAUAUAAAAAUUUGUCUGUUUUUAUUUUGUAGUGCGGUUUAAGUUAUGACUUAGCUAGCACAGAAUUUGUAAAUAAUUAAAUAAAACAUGGCAACUGCA